UGGUCUGCCGCCAAGUUUGAAGCAUAUCUCCACUUCAAUUGCACCGAGAUGUAUGACGACGAGAAAAAGGCCUACGAGCUCAUGUCUGACAUCCAGGGACAAUACGUGCCUAAGGUCUUCGGACAGGUGAUUUUGGACCAGCCGUAUGCCUUCAAAGAGCUUGAAGACGAUGAAGAAGAAGACGAAACACAUACAUGCCUGACUACUAUCCCGGGGAUCCUCAUGCAACACCUUGAUGGCUUUCAUCUCACAGAUCUCCACAAACAUCUGCCCAGUGAACACCGGCAAUCCAUCCUCGACUCGGCCGUCCAGACAAUCAACAAGAUUCAGGAUUGCGGAAUAUACAACAGUGAUGUCAAUACUCGUAGCUUCAUGGUCGAUCCUCUGACCCAUCAAGUCAGGAUGAUCGACUUUGGCAUGGUUCGCUUCCGCGAAAAUUUCAAAAGCCAACGAGCCUGGGAAAGGUUCCAGGCAACUCGAGAUGAAGAAGGUGCC